CGCGUCUUGCCGCGUGGCCGACUUGCCCAAAACCAUGGCGCCUCCUAAGAGCACUCUGCACAAAUGCAACACCUGCUACGUUAGCGGCACUGACAAGACGCUACAGAAGUGCGCCAGAUGCAGGGCUGCAAAGUAUUGCUCUAAGGAAUGCCAGCGGGCAGACUGGCCGAAACAUAAACGUAGCUGCCAGUACAACGCAGAGCUCGAGAAUGCGCUCAAAGAGCACGAGGCUACGCCUCUAGGGGUCCUCGAGCGACUGCUCCUCCCGAACGGUAUCUCGCUCUACGAGCUUGACCAGCGGCUCGAGAAGUGGGUCCGGUGGCAGCACCCGACGCUCAUGUGGGCAACCAUUCACGCGCUCCGCCUCCCCGACGACAUCACCCGCGCGCGCACACACGUCCUGCACAUCCGCCUGCAGGCGCGCGAUGACCACGGCGACUCGACGGCGAAGUAUUUCCGCGUCCUCGACGCGAACGUGGUGGAGGUGGAGGAAGCGCGGAGCUUCCGCGAGCCGUGGCCCGCGAGCUUGGUCGCGCUCAGAGACAUGCAGGAGGAUAGCGAGAGGAUGGGCAGAGGCAGGAUCGCGGCGUGUAUGGUGGAGUGCGAUAGGUUGGCGGUGCAGACGGUGCCGUUUGGGUCGAUCAGGAACCUCAAGCAUCCCAUUGAGUCGCGCUGGAAGGAGGCCUUGAUUCAGGACGUGGAGUCGGGGAAGAAGUUCAUUCGGCGUGGGUGAGGGCCGCUGCUCUGAAGCGAGUUUGCGAGGCUACCGUCAUCUUGCAAGGUCAAAGACUUUCUCCUUGGGUCCGUCGAGGACUCAGCGGGUGCUGCUACGUCUCUAUCUUCCCUGCGCAUUUACUCCCUGACAUGUGUAUUAUACCCUGUUCUGUCAGGCCAAACGGACGCUUGUG